AUGGCCGACGAUCAUUCCGAUAGUUCGCUUACUUCCAUCGACGACGAACGAACGGACAAUACAGAAAAUUUGUGUGAAAAUCCUACUCGCGACAUCUUGACGGAGGGCUUUUUCCGUCUCUUCAAGCCAGUGAUCGAUGAUCUAGAGAAUAACAUUUUAGGAGCGAGUAAAACGCAAAGUGAUUUGCGCCAACAGUUGGAAGAACUAUCCGGAGAAAUGAAGAAUCUCAACUUUGAGAACGAUCCAGUUUUGCACGAGUAUUUUAAGCGUAUGGUGCGGGUUAAACAGAAGGUGGUAGUUAUUAUGAACAUACUUCAAGGUGCCCAAGAAAGGCUUAUUACGCUAUGCCAGCAACAGGAGUUGCAGGCAUCCACUAGCACGUGAAAAACAAAAUACCAAAGUCUAAUUCUCGUAUAUUUGUGUAGAAAGUAUUAUUACCUUUAUGUUAUUCAUGUCAAAAUAUAUCUAAAAUAGUUAC